AUGCAUUUUUCAGAUGUCGCCUUAAUACAUUUGACCAUAAUUUGGAUUAAAGCAAAAUUUAAUGAAUAUCUACAUUCUUUCUUAUCAUUAUCAUCACUGUAUUCCUCUUCCCAAUCAUCAUCACUUACAUUAGUGGUGAUUAUUUUACGUUUAGUUACAAAUUACUUAAGAUUAAAUAUAGAGUUCAUCAAAAAUCUAUUAGGUUUUUAUUUGAUUCAAUGUUAUAGUGUUACUGUAAUCACAAAUGACUCUAGUCAGUGUCAAUACGACUUUCAAUGUUCAAUGGAAAAUACUCAAUUUAGACAUGUAAGAUCAACAUCAUUUGAAAUGACAGCAACAGAAGAAACGCUGUCACAAAGAGACUUUCGUGUUGGAAGACGGCUAUUAUCUAAUGAAGCAGCAAUGAAUGCUUUAGAACAAGUAGAAUGCUGUAAACAUAUCCAAUUUUCCGAUGUUACCGGCGGUGAUUAUUAUCAUAAUUCACGUAUUCAGCUGAGUCCUUAUCGCUAUAACCACCAGUAUCAACAACAAAGACAUUGUAUUCUUAAUUCUCGAAACCUGUACUAUCGAUUUUAUAUUGCUUUUAUAUAUUUAUUAAUUUUGUUCAGUGUUCAAUGUAUCCAUAGUAAGCCCACUUCAUUAUCAAUGAAAAGAGAUUUGAAUGUAACUUCUUCCUCAUUAAUGUAUACAUCUGCUGUCAUCCCUUCAUUGUCUUCGAUCAUCAAUAGCUCCUAUUCAUCCUCAUCGUUAUCAUCAGUAUCACCUAUUAUUUGGUCUUCACCUUCGACGGUGGCAAUAGCAUCAAAUAUACUGCCGAGUGUGAAGAAUAAAUCAUUGAGCACAGAUGACUUACUAUUUGAAUAUUUAGAUAUAUUAACCAAUCCUAAUUUUAAUGCAAGUCAUGCAAAUGAUAUACGUAUAACAAAUGUGUUUAUGCGAUCACAAAGAACAAAACGUAGUUUAUCAUUUUAUAUGUCAAAUUUAGACACAUCACCAUUAUUUCUAGUUUCAUCAAUAAAAAAUGAUGUAACGGAGCAAAAAUACCUAAGUAUUCAUGAUAAUGGAACUGUAAGAUUGGUUAAUUCACAUCGACAUAUAUCUGCUAUGAUCACAGUUUCAGUUAUUGUGGAAUGGUCAACGUUGAUGAAUAAAGAUCAGUUACUGAAAUCUUUACGACCUCGUGAUGGAUCAAGACUAAUUAUACGUAAAUUUGCCAAAAAUGUAUGCAUUUGCAUGUAUCCAAAUGGAACAGUCUUCACUGAGCGUAUCAUCAACCAAACAAUUACAGACAGUUGUGAAUGGCGUUUAAGAGUAUCCAGGCAUGGAAUAGGCUUUGAACGUGAAUUGUCAGAAGAUGAUAUCAACAAUGGUUCAGCAGAAUUUUAUGCAUCAAAUUCUCCUAGUAAAACUAUCCCUAAUAACAGAUCUCCAACACUAAGUGUAACUGAUGAACAGUCGAAUACACUAGCUUCAGGUUGGACACAUUGGUUAUGGCAGCCUGAAGCAACAUGGCAAGUUUAUGGAGUCAAGCCAAGUGCCCUGAAAGCUUUUACUGAAGCACAAAAUGAUACCACAAAUUAUCAACGAUUUAUUUCAAUUUAUAUCGAAAACUUGAAUCAGAAAGGUGUCACUGCUGAGUAUAAGAAUUCUUACCAGUCAAAUACACAGAAUCUAACCUCCACAACAUUUGCUUCAUCAUCCCCUACAUUAUCACCAUCUUCAAAUCCUACUGUAAAAGUAGGUUCACAACAAGUAAUUGUUUUGGAAGCACCUGCCUAUUAUUUCAAUACACUGCAUCACAAAGCGAAAUAUAAGCACUGUCGCACAUUGAAAAGUAAGCUUGCACAACUAGUACAAACAGAAUUAUUGGUGAGUUUUAGAAUUCUAGACAGAUACAGAGAAGCCUUUAAAAAACUUUUGUAUAUUGUUCAGAAGUAUUCAGCAACUAACAAUAACACUGAUAACCACCAGUACAUUGACAAUAAUAAUAAACCAACGCCAUAUAAAAUAGCAGAAUUAUUAGAUCAGUGGCUAAUGCUUUUGGAUUACAAAUGGCGCCAAACAACCAGGCAAUCCUACAAAAUGAAUUCAACGUUCAACAAUUGUUCUUUAAGUUUUAAAUCUUCUUUUGAGAUAAAUACAGUUGGCAAUGACAGUAGUGAUAGAAUAUUAGUUAAGUUGUAUGAAACACGACUGAAAACUAAGAUAUAUUAUGGUUUGUUUGAAAAUUUACAGCAUAUAGUUGAAUGGACAAACGAUGAAAAACACUACUGGCUUCAGCAUCCAAGGAUAAUAAAACUAUUCCAUUACCUACACAUUAAAUGUCCAUCAUCACAGAAGUUAAGACAAGCCUCUUUUAUACUAAGACAAUAUUUACCGAAAUAUUCACCAGAAGAUAUUCACUCCAGGAACACUUUAAAUUAUGGUCUUAUGGGUGAUUUGAAAUCGACAACAUUUCGAAAACUUCUUAAUAAUGACAUUAAACUGGCUAACAUUUUAAUUGACCGCGCAACCUACAUGAAAUUCGAAGAAUAUUACUUCUGGCCUAUAUUGAGGCGUGUUAAUAACAAAGCUGUUGUGGAACAUUCUGUUUUUCUUAAUAGGGAUCUACGCAAUGAGAUCAAACAAAUGUCUCCAACCAAUAUAUGUUAUCAGGUGUUCAUGAAACAGUGGAAAUUUUACAAGAAAAGAGAUUCAACUGACUCCUGCUUAGAUUAA